UCUCCUCCUCUGUCCGCCUCCAGGCAGGGUCCGGGGCUGGAGGAGAAGAAGGAGCAGAAGGGGAGGAAGAGGAGGAAGACGACGGAGAGAGGGAGAGGGAGAGGAAGAGGGAGAGGAGGAAGGGGAGCGGCGGGUGGUGCUGGACAGCCGCCCCGACGGGCUCCCCGGGCUCCAGCCUUGCGCCGCCCCUUCUCGCCCUUGCCCUGCGCCUCUUCUUCCCCCGGCGGCGCCUGGAGGCCUGGCUGCGGCGCCCCUCCGGCCCCGGCCCCGGCUCUGGCCCCGGCCCCGCCGCGGAUGGAGAAGCGGGGCAAGAGGAUGGACUGCCCGGCGCUGCCCCCCGGCUGGAAGAAGGAGGAGGUCAUCCGCAAGUCCGGGCUCAGCGCCGGCAAGAGCGAUGUCUACUACUUCAGUCCAACUGGAAAGAAGUUCCGAAGCAAGCCCCAAUUGGCAAGAUAUUUGGGGAACACUGUUGACCUCAGCAGUUUUGACUUCAGGACAGGGAAGAUGAUGCCAAGUAAACUACAGAAGAACAAACAGAGAUUGAGGAAUGAUUCACUAAAUCAAAAUAAGGGAAAACCAGAUCUAAAUACAACACUGCCAAUAAGACAAACAGCUUCUAUUUUUAAACAGCCUGUGACCAAAGUUACCAACCAUCCGAAUAACAAAGUGAAGUCUGAUCCACAGCGGGUGAUAGAACAGCCCAGACAGCUCUUCUGGGAGAAGCGGCUACAAGGCUUAAGUGCAUCAGAUGUGAGUGAGCAGAUCAUCAAAUCCAUGGAACUGCCAAAAGGCCUUCAAGGUGUUGGACCAGGCAGUAACGACAACACCCUUCUCUCUGCUGUUGCCAGCGCAUUGCACACAAGUUCUGCUCCCAUCACGGGUCAGCUUUCUGCCGCGGUAGAAAAGAACCCAGCAGUGUGGCUGAACACGUCCCAACCUCUCUGCAAAGCCUUCAUUGUUACGGAUGAAGAUAUUCGGAAACAAGAAGAGCGUGUGCAGCAGGUACGCAAAAAACUGGAGGAGGCGUUAAUGGCAGACAUCUUGUCACGAGAUGCAGAUUCAGGUGACUUGGAUGAGGUUGAGAUGGACAAUGGAGAAGAAGCAUAAAAAUCAAAGAAUCAGGUACUUAAAAACAAAAUUACUCCCAGAGGAAAUUCCUGGAAGCCGGAGGCGCUUAUUUUUUUGUUUUGUUUUCUGUGGGUCUUUCAUGAUAAGAAGAAAAAGACCAAUGCACAUUUAUAUAGCUUUCUGAUAGCAUUAAAAACCAAUGCCAUUUGGGGCUUUUUAUUUUGGUGUAUAUAUCUUAUUAAAAGAAAGAAAUGGAACGAAAUGAGAGGAAGAGAAAAGGCAAAGUUACACUUUAUUUUGUGUAUAAUGGCUUCAAAAGUCUCAUUUUUAAUUUUAUAUGUUAAUGUUGGAUAAUUCUCUAAAACCGAAGCUGAGCUUUCGAUGCCAGAUUGCAAUCCUCCUGGGACUAUUACAGCUAGCACUAAAUAUUUUGGGAUGUUCUCCCCUGUUUGUUUUCUUUAUAUAAAAAAAACCCUAUGUGUUCUUGCAAUAAUGGAUCAGGCAAACAGAACCUUUCCCCAUUUUUUUAAAAAAAAAUAAUUAUUGUGAAAUGAUGUGUUGUAUAUAUAUAUAAGAUUUUUAUAUUGGAGGUGAGUGGAACCAUCUGUAAAUCGACCCACGAUAAUUCUCUACAGAGGAAUAAAUAAUUAUGUUCGAAGUGACUACAUUUCUAGACUGUGGUGUGCUAUAAUUUAAGGCAAGACAGUGCACUUCAUGCCAUUCAUGCUCAGAUGGUAAUACAGUACAACCUCCAUAUCCACCUGGAACUUUUUAUGGAAAUUUCUCUAGGAAUUUGCUACAUCCUCAAGGCCAAGUGUAUGGUAACUUCUAGUGGAAGCAUGCCACAAAACUGGCUAUGGGACCUAGAAAAGUCCUAGGUAGGAGAUAUUUUUUCAGAUGUAGGUAACUGAAGUUGCAGUUACAGGGGUUGUACUGGACUGAGCAUUAGACAGAAGUCAUUUAGUCUAGAGAGAUGAGUGUGUCCAGGGGACUUGGAUGCCAAGUUUCUGCUUAUGAUGUUGCACUUCUAAGAGGCACUUCUAAGAGUCCCUCGGUGGUUUUCGUUAAGUUUGUUGGGACCUGGAUGCAUACAGCAAUGUGAAUUUGGCUGCACAUUGGCAAAGUGUGCUGAUGUGCCACAUCAGAGUUGGGCAACUCGCUCUUGACCUCCGCUUUCUAUUGCUCAAAUGGAGGGAAAGUGACCUACCUACCUCACAGGGUUGUUGUGAGGAUGAAUCUAAUAAAGAUUGUAAAGCACUUUUCAAAUUA